CCCUUCUCCCGUUGGUAUCUGACCCUCUCGUCGGGGAUUGGGCCAGCUAUCCUAUCGAGUGAGAUUGGCCGACGACGAGAGCAUACGACAGACGCCAGACAUCUCACCAUACUCAGCUUUCAGCUUCCUGGGGAGCAAUUUACCUUCCAGUGGCCGCCCGUUCGUAGCUCCACUCACUCCGGUCCAGGCACAGCAUCGCUAGCACAGCGCAGCCGCAUUCGGACCAUCAUUGCUCCUUCAUACAAAGGUGCAAACCAACCCAUAUCCGCCGCCACCUAUCAUACCCGUGCUACCCAACUCGCACCACAGUGCAACUACCCCACCCAACCAGAAAUUAGAUAGGUGAAGGAGGAAGAGCUUUUACUUUUUCCAUACUCACACACACACCCUCUACCACACCACAAUCACGAUAUUGCGCAUUUGGCGGGGAGGAUGUAUCUGCAAGCUAAAGCACUCCGCCAGAAGAUCUCUUAACCAUCUGCCGGUUUCGCUCCUACUUCCUAAUUGAAUCAAACGUCUCCCCAGAGAACUAAAAACCCUGGCUUUGUCACCUCUCGAUUAUCACUUCUCGAGAGCAGUACGAUAUACCCUGAGCAGGAUCCAGACAAGGAUAACCUUAUAUCAUAAACUCUUACUACCUACUUUUACCCCAUACCCCACCACAACACUACUGCAACUCUCCUAUUGCCCUUGAAGGAGCAACCGCUGCGUGCAUCACCCUAUUACCUACAAGAUCAACCACAAUUGAAAGGGACUCUCUUUUUUUUCUCACUCUUUCCUCCUUCAAUCGUUUCGACGGAUCCUCAUUACAGAAGCCGAGGCGAUCAGCUACUUGGGAGGAAUUCCGAGAGAUAUAUUUUAUGCCAAUUUACCGGAACCUUACGUCCCCAAUGCCAGGAAUCGCAUUCUUCAACCACGGGGCAUCCCCGUCCACAUCCAUGACAUCAAUCAUCCCACUGGACAGUAAACACCCAGCGCCGAAACGCCGCUGGUCAAGCAACCGAUCAAGCUCCGAGACCGACCGACCAAGGCUCCCAAUCCGCACCAUGCACAAGGGCAGCAGCGGUAGAGGGGGCCCGAAGGGCUUCAUCGAGAGCCCUGCGGACAUAGCCAUGACCAUUGAGUCCCCGCCACUCGUCUGCUAUGGCCCGCCGAGGGAGUCUACUGGUGCGCUGCUGUCCGGCAUAAUGAAGCUGGAGGUCAAGGAAACGGAGCAGACCUUCGAGGCCUUCACCGUGCGCCUACUAGCGGACGUGCUCACUCGCAAGCCUGUGAGUGCGCACUGUCCGGACUGCACCACCAGUGUCAGCGAGCUGCACAGAUGGUCAUUGAUCAACGAGCCAGUGGUGCUCAGGAAGGGAACGCACACCUACCCAUUCAGUUACCUCCUGCCAGGCCACCUCCCCGCCAGCAACACCAACGCCCUCAGCAGGAUAGCCUACUGCAUUUACGCAACCGCAACAACCAUAAAGGGCGUAGAGAUCAAGUUCGAGAGGCCGAUAACCCUACAAAGGGCAGUUCUGCCGGGACUGGACAAACACAGUACCCGCGUUUUCCCGCCGACGAACCUCUCUGCCAACAUCACGCUCCCGCCCGUUGUGCACCCCGGCGGUGACUUUCCGCUCCAGAUCCGCCUCGACGGCGUCCUCUCCAAGGCCCGGACCAGCCGCUGGCGUCUAAAGAAGCUAACUUGGCGCAUCGAUGAAACCUCCCGCGUCGUCUCUCCGGCUUGCAAACAGCACAGCAGCAAGCUUGGCGGUGACGGCAAAGGCCUAUUGCACGACGAUGUACGGACGGUGGGCUCCGGCGAAGUCAAGACUGGCUGGAAGUCGGAUUUCACGGGCACAGACGGGAAGAUUGAGGUUGAAUUCAACGCUGGCAUCCCCGCGCACGCGGGCGCUGCGUGCGACGUGGACUCGCCUUGCGGGAUUUCGGUGACACAUAACCUUGUUGUGGAACUGAUUGUUGCGGAAGAACAUGUUUGUCCCCCCCGCCCGCCCCUCCUCCAUUCCUUAUUCCUUUUGGCAAAUGUACUAACAGUGAGCUAGUGCCCCAUUCCACCAUCAAAAGUCGUAAAUCCCACCGGUGCUGCCAGAGUCCUGCGCAUGCAACUCCACCUGCUCGUCACCGAGCGCAGCGGUCUGGGUAUCAGCUGGGACGAAGAGUCCCCACCCGUGUACGAGAAUGUACCCGUUUCGCCGCCGAGCUAUGGGACUGUCCUCGAAGUCGAGGGCGAAGCGGGAGUAGCCUUGUUCUCUCCGCCGGUGUAUCAUGAGGCUUGAUCGUCCCCCAUCACUCCCCCUCUUAUUUAUUUACUCUGUUCUUUUACUCUUUCGCUUGUGGUCACUUCACCCACGCAUUAGACGGCUUUUCAAAAUCUGGCGAAUCGGGGGUCUUCUGUUGUUCGGCUUGCUUGUUUAUUAUUCAUUCCAUUCUGUCUAUAUAGUUUCUAUCAUGCUCUGUAA